UCGCGCGGCCUAGGCGUGCGGCCUCCCGCGGGCUCCGCUGACGGGCCGGGCGCGCGCGGGCGGGAGGCGGCGUGGCAGCCGCGGCCACGGCUGGCCUGGGCUCCGGCAUCAUGAACAUCGACGUGGAGUUCCACAUCCGACACAACUACCCCUGGAGCAAGUUGCCUGCUAACGUGAGACAGAGUCUUGGAAACUCACAGCGGGAGUAUGAGAAACAGGUUGUUUUGUACAGUAUCCGCAACCAGUUGCGCUACAGAAAUAACCUAGUUAAACAUGUCAAGAAAGAUGAACGCAAAUACUAUGAGGAGCUGCUGAAAUACAGUCGCGAUCAUCUCAUGCUGUACCCUUACCACUUAUCUGACAUUAUGGUGAAGGGCCUGAGGAUAACACCAUUUUCAUACUAUACGGGGAUCAUGGAGGACAUCAUGAAUAGUGAGAAAAGUUAUGAUUCAUUGCCUAAUUUUACUGCUGCUGACUGUCUGCGGCUUCUUGGCAUAGGAAGAAACCAGUACAUUGACCUGAUGAAUCAGUGUAGAUCUUCAAAGAAAUUCUUCAGAAGGAAAACUGCCCGUGAUCUUCUACCAAUAAAGCCAGUGGAAAUUGCCAUCGAGGCAUGGUGGGUGGUGCAGGCUGGAUACAUCACAGAAGAUGACAUCAAGAUAUGCACUUUUCCUGAGAAAGGCGCUAUUGAUAAGAUCAUCGACUCAGGCCCUCAGCUCUCUGGAUCACUCGAUUACAAUGUAGUACACAGUUUGUAUAACAAAGGCUUUAUUUAUCUGGAUGUACCCAUAUCAGAUGACAGUUGUAUAGCUGUUCCUCCUCUGGAAGGUUUUGUAAUGAAUCGGGUACAAGGUGAUUAUUUUGAAACUCUACUCUAUAAGAUAUUUGUCUCAAUAGAUGAGCACACUAAUGUUGCAGAGCUCGCAAAUGUCCUUGAGAUAGACUUAUCACUGGUGAAGAAUGCUGUUUCAAUGUAUUGCCGAUUGGGUUUUGCUCAUAAGAAGGGACAAGUAAUAAACUUGGAUCAACUUCAUUCAUCAUGGAAGAAUGUUCCAUCUGUGAACAGAUUAAAGAGUACUUUAGACCCACAAAAGAUGCUCUUAUCAUGGGAUGGCGGGGAAAGUAGGAGUCCUGUGCAAGAAGCUUCUUCGGCCACUGACACUGAUACAAAUAGUCAAGAAGACCCAGCUGACACAGCCAGUAUAAGCAGUUUGGGUCUGUCCGCUGGGUAUACAAAGCGCAUCGCAUUCUUAUUUGACUCCACCCUCACUGCAUUUUUAAUGAUGGGAAAUCUUUCACCGAACUUGAAGAGUCACGCAGUCACCAUGUUUGAAGUAGGCAAACUCUCGGAUGAGUCUCUGGACAGCUUCCUUAUAGAACUGGAGAAGGUUCAGAGCACUGGAGAAGGAGAAGCACAGAGAUACUUUGAUCACGCGCUUACUCUGAGAAACACCAUCCUCUUUCUGCGUCACAAUAAAGAUCUGGUUGCUCAGACUUCGCAGUCCGACCAGCCCACCUACGGUUUUCCCCUGGAUCUCUUGCGUUGCGAAAGCCUUCUUGGUUUGGACCCAGCAACCUGCAGCAGAGUUCUAAACAAAAAUUACACACUACUUGUCUCCAUGGCACCUCUUACCAAUGAAAUCCGGCCAGUCAGCAGCUGUACCCCUCAGCAUAUUGGACCAGCUAUCCCAGAAGUGAGUUCUGUCUGGUUUAAAUUGUAUAUUUACCAUGUCACGGGGCAAGGACCACCAUCUCUCUUGCUGUCCAAAGGUACAAGACUCCGGAAACUGCCAGAUAUAUUCCAGGGUUAUGAUCGGUUACUUAUAACCUCUUGGGGCCAUGAUCCCGGGGUAGUUCCUACGUCAAACGUGCUCACGAUGCUGAAUGAUGCUUUAACACAUUCUGCAGUGCUAAUUCAGGGACAUGGUUUGCAUGGGGUAGGAGAGAUUGUCCAUAUACCGUUCCCAUUUGAUGAAGCAGAGCUGCAAGGAGAGUUUAGCCGUGCCAGCAUGGCUGUCCAUAAAGCACUGCAGAUCUUGAGGAAAAAAGUGGACUUGCAGCAUUUCUGUGGCUAUGUCACCAUGCUGAAUGCUUCUAGCCAGCCUGCAAGUCGGAAGCUCAGUGACGCUUCUGAUGAGAGAGGUGAGGCUGAUUUGGCUUCUGGUUCGGAUGUCAAUGGAAGUACAGAGUCAUUUGAAAUGGUCAUUGAGGAAGCAGCUACAGAUUUGACAAUAAAACAAAACUCUGGGGCCACAGCAGAAGCAGAUUGGGUUCCUCUUGAGCUGUGUUUUGGAAUUCCUUUGUUCAGUUCUGAAUUAAACCGGAAAGUUUGUCAGAAAAUAGCUACACAUGGCCUUUGCAGAAAAGAGAGCCUUCAAAGCCUCUUACAUUCCAGUAGAAAACUCUCUCUACAAGUCCUUAACUUUGUUCAUUCAUUCCAGGAAGGUGCUUCAACUCUGGAUCUUCACACGGAGCCCAGCUUUCCAAGUGUGCUUUCACAGUCGUCCUGCACCGAUAUGGGAGUUCCACUUCCUGCCAAGAACUUAAUGUUUAAAGAUGGCAUCUUAUCAGAGUGGAGUGGACGCUCACCUUCCUCCCUUCUCAUUGCUAACCUCCAUUUGCAAUAAUUUGAUUACACCAUGUAUUGCUCACA